GGCAAACGGAGUUGUGAGCUCGAUUUCUGCUUUUGUCGAUUUGUAAUGGAAACAAUAUAUGGUUGUGGAUCAAACCAUUUCUCUCAACUCACCAUUGCUGCAAAUUGCGAUGACUCAGAUGACAAGCUUCAGUGUCAUGAUUGCUACAAGAUCCCAGUGCCUCUACACAAACUGAGUGAAACAGAAACCUUGCUGAAAUCUGCUUUUACAUGGUCCCGCUUCAUUGCUACUUUUCAAACUGGAGACAGUGUUGUUACACAUGUUUCGGGAUUCACAGCUCCGAAAGAUUCAAGCCUUCACUCAGAUCCUGCACAUGAUAGUAUUGUUGCGUCCCCACUUAAGUACCCAGAUAAAAUGAUCACAGCUGUGACAGAUGCAGAUAUUUAUAUGUGUUGCCAAAGGGAUUCAUUGCCAUCACACAUAUUGAAAGACGGGGACAGUGAAAUUAUUCCUGUUCACAUAGAAAAGGACAAAGAUGAGGAAAUACUGGUCACUGCUGCUGCUGGUGGUCAUAAAGACCUCUAUUUAGCAUAUGAUGAACUUAGUUUUGGAAAAGUUUCUGUUGCCAGAGAAACAAAUACUGACCAUGAGGAGAGUAACACCAAGAACUUGUCUUUGACCUUACAGCUGUUUCCUAUUGAUUCUGGACUGAGCAUCUCUUUUGUGAGUUGUGGCAAGGAACAUGCUCUCCUGCUGAGCAAGCAUGGAACUGUGUACAGCUAUGGACUUGGGAGUCGAGGUCAACUUGGGCAUGGCACAGUUGAAAAGGAACCCACACCAAGGUUGAUUGAAGCCCUAGAAGGUUUGAAGGUCAAAACUUUGUCAGCGGGAGGCUGGCACUCUGCUGCAGUAGCAGAAGCAGGAGACUUAUACACUUGGGGAUGGAAUGAAAGUGGUCAGUUAGGUCAUCCUGCCCUAAGUCUGUCAAGUGAAAGAGGAAGCCGGAGAACCUCCAUUUCUGAAGAUGAUGUUGUCGGUAUACAAGCAGAGCCGAGAUGUGCGUUUGAUCUGACAACAGAGCAGAACAUUUCACAUGUCUCUUGUGGGUCAAGGCACACACUGUGUCUUACAGAAAGUGGAAAAGUCUUUGCCAGUGGCUGGAAUGCCUAUGGUCAGCUUGGCCUUGGUCAUCUCAAUCCUGUGGACAAAUUUACCCUAGUGGACAAGAUCAAAGGAACCUGCACCAGAAUAUUAGCAGCACAGUGGAAUUCUCUCUUUGUUUGUAAGGUUUAGUUAAAUAAAACAUUUUUGUGAAAA